GGCACGGCACCUCAGAGCCAUGUUCAGGGCGGUUUUAGAGGAAUCCAACCACAACAUAGAGUUAUAGAAGAAGGUGAACUACGAUGAUGGAUUUUGACGAAAGGGUCCCCGUCGGAUCGAACAUGUAUUUGCCCAGCUGCACGUAUUACGUGUCGGCGGGGGCAGAUUUCUCCGGUCUUCCCUCGUUUCUGUCCCAGAGUCCGUCCACCCGUCCCAUGACCUACUCUUACUCCUCUAACCUGCCGCAGGUCCAACCCGUCCGAGAGGUGACGUUCAGGGACUAUGCGGCCAUUGAGGCGUCCGGUAAAUGGCCGCACCGGGGCAACUUGCCCCACGGCUACCCCGCCACGGAGGACAUGGUGCACCGGGACUGUCUUUCGGCUCAAACGUCCGUCGUAGGGGACAUGUUUGGUAAAAAUAGCCCCACCGCCGCCGCCGCCGCGUACCACCACCACCACCACCAUCACCACCACGCGAGCGCCGGCUCCUCUGCAAACACUUUCUACGGUAACGUGGGCAGGAACGGCGUGCUGCCACAAGUCUUCGACCAGUUUUACGAUUCCGCGUACGGCAACGCCUCGGAGAGCCCCUCCGGGACGCACGGCGGCUACUCGGGGGACAAGGCGACGAGCAAGCAGCCCAGCUCCACGCCGGAGGACGGAGCGUCGUGCGGGGACACCGAGGCGAAGGAGCAGCGAGACGAGGCGGGCAGCCCGCGGUUAUCUUCCGGCAACAAUGAGGAGAAAUCCAGCGGCAGCAAUGGACAGAGAACCCGUAAGAAAAGGUGCCCUUAUUCCAAAUAUCAGAUCAGAGAACUUGAAAGAGAAUUCUUUUUCAGUGUGUACAUUAACAAGGAGAAACGCCUGCAACUGUCUCGGAUGCUCAACCUCACCGACCGACAGGUGAAGAUUUGGUUUCAGAACCGUCGCAUGAAGGAGAAGAAACUCAACAGGGACAGAUUACAUUAUUAUACGUCCAAUCCUCUGCUCUAGGGGUCAACGACGCCCCGUCACAGCAUCCACGGUCCUCCCCCCGUGGGACCGACUGCGUUUACAGACAGACCGACUCUCCUGCUGGGCCCCCCCCCCCGAUGCACAUCGUGCGCACGUCGGCCAGCGACGGAAGCUAUACACACUCAUCGGUUCGUUUCAAGUUCGAGGACAAACCUCGUCGGAAUCACGAGAGAAGGCAGUCCGUGGACUAAGAUGUUGAGACUUUUUUUUCGGGGUGGGGUGGGGUGGGGGGGGGGGGGUGUGAAUAUGGAUUGCGAGGGCGCCUUGUAUUAAUUGUGACUCACCGACGCCUUCUUUAUUUUAUCUCCACGCGAGCGAAGCCACUAAUUUGACUGACCCAGUGUUUUUUGUAAUCAAAAGAUUUGUUUAACUUUCUUUUCUAUCAGAAAAAAAAGGAUUGGAUUGAGGCCGAUGGUAUGUAAUUAAAUAACUGAAAUUAUAUUGGUGUGACCAAACAAUGACUUCGGGUGAGAAUGUAACGUGUUUAUGUUGUGUGUGCUUAUUUAUGUUGUAGCACUCGUUUACUCCCCCUUUAAUAAAGCCGAACCAAGUCCAUUACUACAAGGAGACUAUUGUGAUCCCGCGUGGAGUCCGAACUGACCUUUUGUCGCCUUUCGUAAAUAACCCACAGGGCCAUAUACGCAUGUUAUACGUCGCGUAUCCACAACACCCGAAUCCACGUUGUCCUUUGGGGUUUUUGGAGACUAUCAGUUGAGUAUUGAUAAUGCAGGCCAAAACCAGAGAGAUAAGCUUGUCCACUGGAUCCGCGUGGAGUUGCACUGAGGUUCACGCCCAACAUAUCCACACACACGCAGCGGGCCUGUUUGGCCUUAUAGUGAUACGCAUAGCAGAAUAUUUUUUUCAUUACUUGUGAUACUUUGGUAUUUGCUGUCUGAAGAAGAUACAAAUUCACGUUUGACCGCUGGUCAGGGU